AUGAGGAUUUCACGAUUGUUUUCAAUUAUUUUCUUAUUCGGUCUUCAUUUGAUUUCAUUCUGCGAGUUUGUUGAUCCAAAUGAACCAUACUCCCAACUAGAUGAUGGGAUUGAAGAUAACAAUAUCAUAGAUGAUUCAUUAGAGAAACUUCGAGACACGGCACUCGAAGUAAAUGAAAUUAUCAUUGAUGCUGGUAACGAUGAAGAUGAUGAUAUUUGGAUUUUAUUGAAAUCUUUACAAUCUCUUCUAACAAAAGCCGCUCUUGUAAUUUCAAUGAUGAAAGCUCUUCAACGAUGUUGUACAGGCUUGUGGGAUUUAAUAUUUCGACGUAAUCAGCGUGGUGCUACACGUCAUGAAAUGAGUGAAUCAGAAGAUGACUUGAUUCCCUCACGUAAGGUUUCCAAAGAUUCGGAUAGCAAACAACUUCGAAGAAGACUGAAGCUUCCUCUAAAACUUGCCAAAGAAAUUGUUUCAUCUGAAUUGGAAGAGGCCGGCAUAACCACCAAUACUGGGUUACCACAAGUGGGGACAAAGGAUGAAUGA